UUCAUCACAUGGUCGCUGGAAACUACAACAAGGAAGAAGACAUGGCAAGGACAAAAUCCAUCAUAUUUGCUCUGCUACUUGCAGGUAAUGUGUUGUGCUGUCUUAUGGUACCUGUAACGACGUGGUCGCAUCGUGGUGUGAGAUUGCACUCCCAGGGAUGCAGACGGCGUCCGACACAGUGUGAAGCCACAACUGCUCCCACCACUGCCACUUGUACAGUCUCUGCUACAACUGCUUCCGCCACUACCACCACAGCCGCUGUUACAACUGCUGCUCCCACUUCCACCACAGCCGCUCCUACAACUUUUGACCCCCCUACCACUACAGCAGCUGCUACAACUGCUGCCCCCACUACCACCACAGCCGCUCCUACAACUUUUGACCUCACUACCACUACAGCAGCUGCUACAACUGCUGCCCCCACUACCACCACAGCCGCUCCUACAACUUUUGACCCCCCUACCACUACAGCAGCUGCUACAACUGCUGCCCCCACUACCACCACAGCCGCUCCUACAACUGUUGCACCCACUACCACCACAGCCGCUGCUACAACUGCUGCUCCCACUUCCACCACAGCCGCUCCUACAACUUUUGACCCCACUACCACCACAGCCGCUGUUACAACUGCUUCUCCCACUGCUGCUUCCACUUCCACCACAGCCGCUCCUACAACUUUUGACCUCACUACCACUACAGCAGCUGCUACAACUGCUUCCCCCACUACCACCACAGCCGCUCCUACAACUUUUGACCCCUCUACCACUACAGCAGCUGCUACAACUGCUGCCCCCACUACCACCACAGCCGCUCCUACAACUGUUGCACCCACUACCACCACAGCCGCUGCUACAACUGCUGCUCCCACUUCCACCACAGCCGCUCCUACAACUUUUGACCCCACUACCACUACAGCAGCUGCUACAACUGCUUCCCCCACUACCACUACAGCAGCUGCUACAACUGCUGCUCCCACUUCCACCACAGCCGCUCCUACAACUUUUGACCCCACUACCACUACAGCAGCUGCUACAACUGCUGCUCCCACUUCCACCACAGCCGCUCCUACAACUUUUGACCCCACUACCACUACAGCAGCUGCUAUAACUGCUGCCCCCACUACCACCACAGCCGCUCCUACAACUGUUUCCCCCACUACCACCACAGCCGCUGUUACAACUGCUGCCCCCACUACCACUACAGCCGCUGCUACAACUGCUACCCCCACUACCACCACAGCCGCUCCUACAACUGUUUCCCCCACUACCACCACAGCCGCUCAUGAAGCAGUGUUGAGAGCGGCACCUCUCCUGCAAUCUCCCCGCAGCAUGAGAGAGCAGUGUGGGCACAGUGAGGGGGAGCUUCCGCUGGAGCUCCGGAGGCAAAUAUCCACCGUGAAUGCAACUUGA